GGCGUAGCAGCGGUUGGCGAAUAGCGUAGCGGCGGCAGCGGCAGGAGCUGCAGGAGGAGGAGGAGGCGCCGCGGCGGUUUGGUACCGAGCGGAGAGGGAGAUGCACACGGCACUCGAGUGAGGUAGCUAUAAAACCCCAUUUGUUUACAUUCCCUCCCCCACAAGCGGCCGGCGCGGCGGUGCGGGUGGCGGCCGGCUCGGGCCGUCGGCGGGGGGGACCCGGGGUUGCGGACGAGGAGCAGGAGCCGGCGGGCACUAGCGGACACCUCCUUCCCCGCGAUGCGGAGCGGGGGGCACGGCGGCGCGGCCGCCUCGUGACGUGGCUGUGCCGGACCCGCCGGGUGGGCGAGGGGCCGGGGGCGGCGGGAGCCGCCGUGCUCUGAGGCGGCGGGGCGCGAGCCGGUCCCCCGCCCGCUCUCCCCAUCCUCGCGGGGCGGCCACGCGGCAGGUAAAGCCGUCCGCCCGCAGCGGGGGCGCGGAACGCGGCGGUUCCAGGCCGCUCUGGGGGGCGGGGGGCGCCGUCGGGCCCGCAGCGGCUGGCCGGGCCCGCUGCCCCAGGGAGGCGGUGCGGCUUUCCCCGCUCGGUGUCGCCGCUCGCCGCCGCUUCCCUCGCCCGCUUUCCGGGCGUAAACGCGGGCUGGGAGCGUCUCGUCCUCCGGAGCCGUCCGCCUGCGGCCACGUGGAGGCCCCGCGGCCGGCCGCGAGGUGCUGCUCUCCGCAAGAUAGGAGCGCAUGCAGAAAGGUGUGAGAGCGGGCUGCAGCCCAUGGGGUACGGCAGUGGGCCCUGGUAGGCGGGGGCGGUGAGUGAGGCAGGCGGUUACAUCCUCCUCGGCCUGAACUUCACGUUAGCAUGGGCAGAAACUGCAGCCAGGCUGCGUAACCUGCACGCAACCCCAAACAGUCAAGGUAAGAUGAGGGGAGUCAGGAGGUUCUGUUGUUGGCUGGGGUAUAAGGUGCACGGAAAUGAGGAGUUUACUGCUCUCACCUGGUGCUCAACCUGUACCCUGUCAGUCGGCGCUUAAUGCGGAGCCUUUGGAAUAAAGUUGUUCAAAGAAGUCUUCUGUUAUCUUUUGUCUUUUUUUGCUUUGUGUAACAUCCAUAUCUGCGCGUUCUUAAUCCCAUGUUUCUGAUGUGUAAGCACUUGGAUUUAUGAAUUACAAGCAGUUCUUAAGCUGAAAAUAAUUCUAUUUUCUUGCACUAAAUGUACAUCUGUCUCUAUGUAACGGUCAUUUAUUGUGGAGUUUUUUUUUUUUUGUAGUAUCUCACAUCAUAGUACUGGGAGAGCCUGUGAUAGAUGAAGGCUGGUACAGCACUAAGAGCUGCAUAGAGCAAGGCCUGGCUUUCAGAAAUGUGGAAGUGAUUGUCUCAUUAACAACAGCAGUUCCUGGGGAGUGUUCCAGGGAGUGUGUUCUGGUGUUCCUAUGAGGAGUAGUAAUGGAUACAAUGACGUUAACAUGAAAAACACCAAAAAUGGGUCCUAGGAGAUUCUCCAAAGAAAAAUUUAGAAGAGCACACAGUUGAAUUUUAAUUAAGAAUGAACUUUCUAUUGGAUGUGUGGAGGAAUAGGAAUUCUCUGUGGACUGGUGAGACAUACUCCUCUAAUUCCAAAUCGGAUGUUAGGCUCACUGACAGUUACUUCAUAGGCUGAUACUUUUUUAUGGCUAUAGAAGAAGAGUAUGUGGAAAAGAUCUGUGGUUCCUGGAAACUUAUAAAAAUGUGUGAUGUAAAUUUUCCUAAUUAGGUUUUUGUUCUAAAGUAAAUGUUUAAAUUGUUGUAUUGUCUUGUAGCACUUCUUAAGCUGUGUCCAAUGCAUUCAUACUUGGGAGGAAAAAAGCAUGCAGCCAUGCAGUGUAUUCAGAGAACAAGGCCUGUGUAUGGGCCAUGAAUGAAUUGUGUACGUUCUGUGAAAUUGGUGGUAGUUCCAUAUGAACAUGGCAUUAGUGCCUACGGGAGGUGGAUUUUGAAGGAAUGUACGCUGUUUCCUGUCUGGAAUAGGCAACGUGAAUGGAGAUUCUGCCUGCAUAACCUUCUCCAAAACAGGGAAGUUGUUCUGAUGAAUGUGUCUUGGUUUCAUGUAGGUGUUUGGUGCUUUUCAGGCUGUCUUAAGAAACAGAUGCAUUCCUAGGACAGCAUAUCCACACAUAAACAUACAGUGGACUACAAAAAGUGACGCAAAUAUAUUCACAGGCUGAGCUAUUGCAUGUUUGUUUUUCCCAUUACAAAGAAAAAAAAUUCCAGUGAAUCAUGGUAACUGGAGAGUGUUCUGGAACCUUUGCUUUCCAGGAAAAAAAAAAAACCCAAAAAUCCCUGCAAUAAUCUUUGUCUACUCCAGUGGCUGGUCAUGGUCUGAUCUGAAACUUAAGAGUUAUGUGAUGUCACAAUAUGCAUCUUCUCAAGUGACAUCGAGAAUAGCCAACAGGAUAUUGAUUGCAUGUGGUACUUGGGUUUUGCACAUGAAUAAAUCAUUCCCUUUGAAUAUUCAGUAGGCAACCUUGGUAAGAUGCAAGCUUUGUGUAGUUUGACUUGGGCAAAAUAAAAUUUGUAUUCACACAUGGGAAAGUUAGCACAUUACAACCUGGCAUAGAUUUCUUUUGUAGUCUUCACUAAGUAAAUCAGCUGUUAAGAUACUUACAUUUGUAAGAGAUCGUCUGCAAAACAGUAGCUGGUCCAAGUAGGAAGAAACUUUGAUCUUUUGCACAGAUCACAUGACAUUAAGCUUGGGUGUAUGUACAGACCUAGAGGAAGUAUAUUUGGGCCCGUUUAUUUUUGCUGUCCUGUUUUAAUGACAUUUGAUCAUGAUUUUGUCUUUUGUAGCAAGUUUGGUCUUAUCUUUGCCAUAGUUUUUACAGAAAUAGAAGUUUGAAUAUAUGAUGGGCAUUUGUUAAGGUGGUAUUGCUUUGGAAAUAGUUACCUUUUUUUCAUCAAAUGGAAUUACCAAAUUAGAAUUACACAAGCCAUGUAAAAUCUGAGCUCACUAGAAGUUUUCCCAUAAGCUAAGAUUUGGUCCUUAAAUGUGGUGAAACUUACUGGAAAGGUCAUAGUAACUUAACAGACUGCAGUAUGGAAUCGAGGUAUGAGCAAUAAAAUGAUAUCAGAAAAGAAAUCUUACUGCCGUUUUCUUCACAGUUUGUCAAUCAACUGUCAGAACACUUGCUGUUAUGUUUCAGCAUGUUUCAGGAUUGUCAAAUGAAUGUCAAAUUCUGACUUUCUUCUUAGCACACCUAAAAAUGUCAUCAGAAGUUUCAAAGAAGGAAAGCUGAAUUACGGUUCUAUUGUCCUCAUGGAAGCAUGCUUUUCAUAGAAUUGAGCUUCAGGUGCAGAGCGUGUUCUGACAAUACUAAGAACUGGAGAAUUCAUGCCUUUGGGGAAGUAAUUUCUGUUCUAACUUAAAGAAAAACGGUAUAAUUUCCUCUUGUUCUGUGAGAGUCCAACUUAAAGAAAAAGUCCUUGAAAUAUACUUUGAUUAUUUGUAAAGUAUUUCUCUUUGGACUGCUGAAGUUGUCUUAAAUAAGGACUAGUGAUUUUAUCUUGCUGAUAAAGGCUUGGUGAUGUGGAGAGAAUUUAGAUUGUUGUUAGUUCAUUCUUAAAUUGUGACUGAGGUAUUAAAGCGUGUCUAAUAAUGAAUGAUAAAGUAAUGUGUACCAAUUAGGUGAAGCUAAUAAAAAAGAACAAAUUUUAAGUUCCCAAAACUGAUGAAAAUAUUGAUAAUGAUGUUCUGCCAGCAUUGCAAUCUCGUAGGUGAGAGAAGGGCAUGCUCUUCUUUCAUCCAGCUGUUAAAAUGUUGUAUGCGAUACUGCAUCAGUACCAUUUCUCCAGGGUUUUUUUUUUUAAUGUUACAUAGAUCUGAGGAGUAAAGAAGAAAGGAAAAAAAUAUGUAUUUUAAGUCUCUUAGAUUUUUUGUUAUCUCUUAUGCUGGUCCAGUCCCUGUACAGAUGUUCAUAUCCACAAGCAGGAAGCCAGCGUGAAAGAUUGCAGAGAUCAUGAUUUCCUGAUGCUUGUCUGAAGAGCAUAAGAAGAAGAGGUGUUGAAAUUAUAUGUGGGAUGUUGUACCUAUGCUGGGGAAUGUGCUUUAUUACAUUAGAAAUGUUUUCAUCUUCUGGGUGUUGCAUUGUGGUUCCUCUUCUUUGACUUUCCAUUUUUUACUUGCCUCUUGCUGCUGAGAAGGAAUGACUCAGCUGCCUUUUCUAUCUCAGCUGCUGCUGACCUAUGAGCUUCAUUCUUAUUUUACUACCACAUUUUCUAUAGCUUGCUGAUUCCAAAAACAGUAUGAUGAGAGCGAAGAGAGUCUGCUCAUUUUACUAAUGCAAAAUUAGACUGCUGUGGAAAUUGAUUAACCUGCUAUGACAUUUGUACCGGGUAGUCUGUUGGAGAGCCUGCGUGUAAGAAACAGAAUCGUAUCAUCACCGAGGUUGAAAGAAAUCUCUGAGAUCAUCCAGUUCAACUGUCCACCUACCGCCAGUAUUUCCCACUAAACCAUGUCCCUUAGUCCACCCGUUUCUUGAACACCUCCAGGGAUGGUGACUUCAGCGCCUGACCAUUAAUUUGGAGAAAUUUUUCCUAAAGUCCAUCCUGAAUCUCCCCUGGCACAACUUGAGGCCAUUCGUUAUAGUCCUAUCACUAAUCAUGCUGGAGAAGAGGCUAACCCCCUUCCUCAGCACAACCUCCCUUCAGGGAGUUGUAGAGAGCGAUAAGGUCACCUCAGAGCUUCCUCUUCUCCAGACUGAACAGUCCCAGUUCUCAAUAGCAAGUGUCAAGUGUGUACAGUUUGGGGACGUAACUAGAGAUAAGUGAGAAGAGCACUAAAUUCUCAAGAGGUAAGAGGUAUGGAGAGUUGUCGUGCUCAUGCAUUUGGUCCAGUGCUUGAGUGACAAGAUGUAAUUUAGUAGUCAUUGGUAUUAGGUAGCUAAAUCAAUGUUGAAUUAAGAUAAUAAUGGAAGUAAUUGAAUAACUGUUCAUGUUUGAAAGUUAUACAUCAAAUGAAGUUCUGUAAAAGUAUUCAUGUGGUUAGACUUUUUCUAAGAUAAAAAGCCAAUGUAAGAUACAAACUCUUCAGAGUAAAUGUGUGCAGAGGAAAUUGUAUGAAAAAGUGCAGGAUUUGCAUAAAAUUACAAAUUAUUCCAGCAGAGGUCUCAUUCACCAAAUUCUGGCUCAGUGUUUCUGCAGAUGGUUUACUUUAUGAAGUUCACAAUCGCAGCUCUUAGUAAAUAGUACAAUAAUAAAACUUCUGUUCCUGACAGGUUCCCCUACAAUAUUACUUGUAGUGAUCCAUGUCUCAAGAUUACUUAAUCUUUACCACACUCAUGAAAUGAUCUUUGUAUAUUUUUAUUGCAGCUGCAUUUAUUACUGUAGUGCAGUGAUUAUUAAUGGAUGGAAAAAAAUGCUUUCAAUACUGGGGAUAACUGGAAAUGAUAAUUGAUUUACAGCUGAUGAUAGGAUAUCUAUAAUUAGUUCCCCUCCUAACCGAGCUGGUUGCUCAUAGAAUACAGCCAUAUGUAGUUGGGAGCAUCAAAGCAAAGCAAAAAUAUGCAUAAUCUUCUUUAAAGUAGUCUGUCAUAGAUGUUACCCAGUGUGAUUCUGAAUGCUGGAUUUAACUUGUGCAGCAAAAUAACAGUAGUAAUACUACAGCCAAGGGGAACAGCAGGCGGGUGUGCAUCUUAUGGCUAACCAAGUCUUACUGUGCCGCCACCCACACUCCUUCAUUCGUACCAGGUACAGCACAGUGCAGGAGAGCUUCCUUACUGACAAGUGGAAUAUUGUACUCUGUUUUAAUGGGUGGCUGUGCUACUUCUCAGGGCUCUAUGUUAUUUAUCUAAUGUGUUAUUGUCAAGGGAGGCCUCUUUUCAUCAGUCUUCACUGCCUUGAUAAUUGCUCUCAGUCUAUGGAAUGUCAGCCAUAUCAUUUUGGUCGUAUUAUUGGCUAGAUUUGCUUGCAAAGAAUUCACAGGUUCAUUUAUUUGUGACCUGAGUGUCUGUCCAUAGAAGACUGUAUGUCAGCCUAGAAGUACAUUUCCAAGUCGUACUAGCUUGCAUUAAAACAUAACGAAUGUGUUACUUGACUGCAGUCCCAAUAAUAUUGUAUCUUUGCAUCACUACACUUCAGUGCUAAAAAUACACGUGUUCCCAUUUAUGUAAUACUUGAUGUUAUGCAUAAACAGGCUAGAGUUCCAGUUAUUCCUGUUUUGAACUGUGCAUGAGGCAAUUGUCUGGCAGAGGUGUAUUUCUAGUGCUUGAAUUGUUCAAAUCUUAACGCUGUUUGUCGGUGUUGUGCUCAUGUGGCCAAGAAGGCCAGUGGCAUCCUGGCUUGUAUCGGGAAUGGUGUGGUGAGAAGGACUAGGGAAGUAAUCCUACUGCUGUACUCAGUGCUGGUGAGGCCUCACCUCGAGUACUGUGUUCAGUUUUGGGUACAUCAGUACAGAAAGGACAUGGAGGUACUGGAGCAGGUCCAAACAAGGGCAACAAGGCUUGUGAGGGGCUUGGAGAAUAUGCCCUAUGAGGAGCAGCUGAAGGAACUGGGACUGUUUAGUCUGGGAGAAAAAGAGGCUGUGGUGGAGACCUUAUUGCUCUGUUCAAAUACAUGAAAGGUGCUUACAGGGAGAGUGGGACCGGUCUCUUCUCACGGGUGACAGGAUGAGGGGAAAUGGCCUCAAGUUGCACCAGGAGAGGUUUAGUUUGGGUGUCAGGAAACACUUCUUUACAGAAAGGGUUGUUAAGCACUGGAAUAGACUGCCCAGGGAGAAGGUUGAGUUACCAUCCCUGGAUGUGUUUAAAAACCAUUUGAGUGUGGUGCUCAGGGACAUGAUUUAGCGGAGGGUUGUUAGAGUUAGGGUAGUAUAGUUAGGUCAUGGUUGGACUUGAUGAUCUUUAAGGUCUUUUCCAACCUGUGCGAUUCUAUGAUACCAUAUAUUUCCAUUAAUUUCAGUAAAUACACGGUAGUUAUAGUAGGUAGCAUGUACAACAUGUAGGGGUUUUUUUAGCCUAAUAUGCCCGUACCUGAUUUCGUAAUACUUGAUAACAUAUUCUGGACUAUUCUAUUUGCAUGUUAUCAACAAAAAACUGCUUUCAUUUGUUCCUUUCCUAAAAUUUCCUUUUUUUUUUUUUUUGCCCAAAGUUGUCUCUGAACUACAAAUAGGAAAUUGAGUUACAUUAAUGUGCAGUGUAUGCUUACGCACCUUACCCUGCAAGAUGCAGAGUCCCAACAGAAGUUCAUUCUUAAUGUCUUAGGGCAAAAAUCCUCAUGCUGACUCUUGGUAGAAUGGAUCAGGAUGAGAUGCUUUACUGAGAGUGCAACAAUUGUACCAAAUUAUUAUUACUUCUGUUUUGUUUGUAUCAGACUGUGUGGAUUGAAUUAGCUGCAGUAAAUCACUGUCAUUGUAGAACACACUUGUGCUUCUCGUAUUCCCCACAGAAACUGCUCGGUUGCCAGCAAUGAACAGCUACGUUAGUCUGAUGAAGGAGUAUAUCGUGGUACUUUUUAGCCUUUAAUGCAUGAGAAUACAUGUCAUAGCCUAAAAGUUCUAUGAGCCCAAACACCUUUAAAAAUGUAUGGAUUUAAUAUUUGAAUUUCUUGUUGUUGUUGUUAAUUGGGCAGUUGACAAAUCAGAAUGAUGUUUUGGAAGAAGACAACGUACUGCUUCUUAAAAUGAAUAAAACUGAAAAAUAUGAAUAGUCUCUUUGGGAAAAAAUUAGCUUAUACAAAUUUAUUUUCUGGAAUUUACUCUCUUACUGCUUCUUGAUUGCUAACUAUGGAUUUGGAGCAUGAAUGUGAAAGGCAAAGGGUGAAUCACAUUUUAGAAACAGGGUAUUCUCAGUGGGAAACAGAGCAGUGCAUCGUUCUUCAAAUAGAAGCAACGUAUCUCAACUAUGAAGAAAACAUGAACUUUUCAGACAAAUGCUUGCCUGUAUCUUAACAAAUAUUAUACAGUAGUUCUGAGCAGUGACUGACUAACAGUGGAAUGCUGUACCUCAAGUGCUCUGUUGCUAUGUAGCCUGUAUGUGCAGUUGUGCAUUUGUGUUUUGUUUUCACUUUUCUUGAUCAUAAACAAAGCUUGAUCCUUAAUAUUUCUACCUCACAGUCCUAUUACUGGUAACACACAUGUCAAGUGUCACAUAUAUAUAUUUUAAAAGUUAAAAGCUGGAUAUGAACUAAUAUGUGUAGUUUAAUCAGAAACUAAUAAAUAGUGAUUUUAGCAAAUCAGAUAUGGAAGGGGGGAGCGGGAACUAUUUCAAUCGUUAGUGUUCAGGUCAUCGGGUUAUGAGAUCUCCCUGUUUACUGGAGAUUUUUCAGAUCAGAAGCCGUCCUAUAGCUGCAGCUGGUUUUGGAUGCCAGACACUGGUUUCAGUGCCAAAUAGACAACCUACCUACUGAAGUAUUUCAGUUUCGUAACCUGGCAGCUUGAUAGGAGAUGGCAUAUUAUUCCCAUGACUAAAUUCUGUAACAACUUCAAUGACUAAACUGUUGUGCCUCUGGAAAUAUGAAAAGCAAAGCCUCAGACUCCUUAACGGGUCACAUAAAUGUUUGGUACCUUCAGCUGUGGUUAACCAUGGAAUCAAACAUUUGACUCUUUCUGGGAUUAAGCGGUCAAAUUGGUUAUGUUUAAUAAUAAUUUGAACUGAGCUACUUCAAAUGUUAGAAGUAGAAUACAAUUGGAGGUGUGGAUGGACUUAAUUUCAUAGAAAAGAUGUUCAACCCUGAUCUUAUAUGGUGUGUUACGUUGGAUAGCUUUAACAUGAUCAAAGUGAGGUAUUUUGUGACAUGCCUAUGACUUGCUCAGCAGUCUGUGGAAGAGGGUGGUGUACUGUCAGUUUCAGUAACUAAAGGAGAGGAAAGGAGAGAGGGUUUUUUUAACAGAAAAUGAUGACUCCACUAUCCAUGGAAUAAAACCUGUUACAGAAACUCAUCUUUACAUUCUGUGAAUGUUAAGUAUUUCUGAAGUGGAACUUGUGGAAUAAUGGUCAACUACCCACUAAUGACCCCUGGAAUUUGGGGGCAGAGCCAUACUGCUUUUCAGUUGGUUUCAGCUAAUCAGUGAAAAGAGCAUAAAACAUCUUUCUCAGAGAAAUCAGGUAAUGUGCAUUUCCAGUGGUAGGCUGCCGAACCGUUCCUUUUCUUCAAAGAAAGAGUGGAAAAACAAGGAAACUUUUUUGUACUACUCUGUGUGGAACAUGUCUUUUUAUAGUUAGGGUGGUCUUUUCUUCCAGAAUCCUGCAUUUGUUUCAAUUUGUUACAAUCGCUUGUAUUAAAUGUUAGAGACAGCAAAUAGCCCUCUUCUGUUUUUCUUGUUCCCUUGCUUUUUAUGCAUUCAAAAAAAAAUAAAAAAUAAAUAACAUCUGGUUUCAGCUUACGGAGAAGUAACAGAAUCAUGUAAACUGAAGAAAGCUGCCAGUAGUGGUGGAAAAAUAACAUGAAGAUGGAAGAUCUAAGUGAAGUAGAAAACAGUAACGUCCUAAUGAUCCCAUUGAGAAGGAUGGUGACUGCACUAGUGUGGAAUCAAAUCAGCAGUUAGUCUAGAAAAAUUAGUACAAGUUAAAAUAGAGAAGGCACAGUGAUGCUUAAGGACGUGAAUAGAGCGUCCAUUUUUCAGGUACUGGAAGGACAGAGUGAAAACAAAAGCAAGCAACUGUUAUUUGAUGAAGUUAGAAUGCUACACAGCAUAUUGUAGGCUAGGUGCAUCUGACUGUAGUGCAGUUUUUCUGAAGCUAAUUGUGCAGCCUUACUCUUCAGUGUCUUUUUUUUGCUCAAUGGUGUUGCUGUUAGAUUGUACGUGCACUUAUGAGAUGAUAGACACAGGGAAGUACAUACAGACAGCAGCAUUUCCAAGACAAGUUUUGUACUUUGCUUUAUUUAAAAUUGUUUAACUGAGAAGGCAGCUCUACUUGCACUUUAGGUUAAGUCCAUAAGGAUUCUGCUUCCUUUCUCCUUUUCUGUCUCUAAUGUUGCAGUAUGAAUAAUUAUAGCAUUAAGUAGAAUGCUUUUGUUCAGUCACCUGGAAGCUGUGCACCUGCAAAGCUGUUUUAAUAACUUGAUGAACAAAGAUCAUAGUUCGUUGUGAGUGAUUUUUUUUUAGUUUUUAAGCUAAUGAUUGUUUCUAUCGGUUUGACUGUUAAAUCAUCUCACAGUCCUGUAAUAGGUAACCCUGCAGAGUUUUAACAAUAGUCUUUGCUCAAAUAAAUGAACGCUAGGCAUCAUGACUUCUGUUGAAGUCUACUUGGGACAGGAUGGAAAUGGCACAUUGUGAUUUAGCUGGCUAAUCAUUGAGCUGAACUUCCUAUUGAAAUAUGUAUAGCUAUUUUUUGUCACAGGUCAGGCAAGUUAAAUGUUAUUUUCCAAUCUGCUGAGAUGUCUUUAUGAAGACUUGUUUCCUUCUAAAUUUUAAGAAUGGUCGUUAAGCAUCUCAAACUGGCAGAGCACAUAUGAGGGACGCAUGCUUUGGUCCUAUUUUUCAAUGGCUUUUGUACUUGGUGGCUGUUGUGAAUGACUAUUUUUAGGAAAAGUGAGAGAAGCUAUGAGCUUAAUAGUAGACGUGGAAUUCUUUCUUGGAUUGCAGAUGCAAUAGAUUGUUUUAAUUGUGAUUGUUUUAAUUGUGAUCAUUUAGCAAUUAAAAGCUUUUCAAAGGCAUGCCUUUGUUCCUUUUGAUGUUGUGCAAGUGUUCUAAGGUACUGUAAGGAUGUACUGUAAGAUACAGUGGUUUAAGUUACAGCAAGAAUAAACAUACUGCCGCUGGCCUUAAUGCUUAACAUAUAAACAUUGUUAUAAAUGUUUAUAAUAUAAAUAAUAUAUAAUAUAAUAUAUAUAAUAUAUAAUAUAUAUAAUAGAUAAUAUAUAAUAUAAUAUAAAUAUAAACAUUGUUAUAUUUUGUGUUGUGGAGAGAGAGAAGUUUUUCUCAAAUGGCUUUCAGUACAAAAGUUGUUGAUUUUUUUUUGAUGUUAUUUGAGUACAUUUUGAGGUGCCUAGUUGUAUUUGUGCUGUAGCUGAAAUAGGCUGUUGGGUUGCAAAUCAGCCAGCUCUGGUGCUGCCAGCAAAGGCACGGUUGCUUUUUCUUUUUUUUUUGUGGGGACUACAGUGUUUGUGCAGCUGCACAGUGAAGCAGAUAGGAGAAGUAAUCUGUCUUGAAAAUAAUCUUUUUUCUUUUUUGAGCUGUUUUUCAGCAGAAUGUAAUUGUACAGCUGCACAACGAACAGAUCAGCAAACAAAUCUACUGGUAUACAAAAAUGGUUUUAUGGGAAUGAAUGAAUGAAGCAGUAGGGCAGGGCAGGACUGCCUUAGGUGCAGCAGCAUCUUAAAAUAUUUGUUGAACUUCAGCGUUAGUUCUCACAAAAACAUUUGCUUAUUCUCAGAGGAAAAAUAAAGUACUAAAAUGCAAAUGUACCUGGUUAUUGUUUUCAGAUAUUGCAUUCCUACAAGUGCAGGCAUUACAGAACCCAACUAAACAACAGAAUGUUGACACAAGAUCAUGCCAGCUCCACUGCAAAUGUUGUGCAUUAAUAAUGCAUUAUAAACCAUAUAAAGGUUAUAUACAAAAUACAGAAAAGUAACUUGCGGGUAAGCAGAUCUGAUGCUUAAAGAACUUGAGUUGUUUUGAUGGUUCUUGUAUUAUUUCGAGCUAUGAGAAGGAUCCCGUGUUCAGCAAUUCAUUACAAGUAAUUGUACUUCUGAAGAAGGAGGCCCAGUUAUUUUCUCUUCAAAAUAAAACAAACGCCCCUUUCUGUACAACUGAGCUACUAGAUUAUGGCUCCGUUAGUUUGGGAUCAUUUUCUAGAGUGCUUGGGCUUUGGUAUUUCAAAUACUUCAAAUUUCCAGUUUUGAGAGUGUGUUCACAAUGUGUUCAGUUAUGCAUAAAUGCUUUCCAUGCUAUAUGUCUUAUCUGGUAUUAACUUAGCAAAUAUGGCUUGGAUCAAUUAGUUGAUGGUCUGUUCCUGCAGAGUGCCCCUCCUACUGGGCUGUAGGUUCUCAACUGAAUGAGUUUCGCUUAUAUCCACAAACCUGUUUCACUGAAUUUGGAGAGGGAAGAAAAUACAGGAGAUGGGAAACAGAGAUGAAGGUACACAUGCACACAAAAUUUUGCAUCGUUUGUUUGCUGACAUUUAUCUUUCAUCAGUGCAAUCAUUGCCAUAAAGAUGGACGUGACCAUGGUCCCGAAGAGGGACAUGAAGACCACCAUAACUGCUAUCAGAUCUCAGAGACACCCUACCACCAGACCGCAGGAUCAGAAUCUAUGCCGAGUAAACUUUCAACGUCGGAAGCUGAAAAUGAACAGAAAUACUACAUAGAAAAGAUUUUUGAUCGUUAUGGUGAAAAUGGAAGAUUAUCUUUUUUUGGCCUGGAAAAACUGUUAAUGAGCCUUGGUUUAGGAGAAGUAAAAGUAGUAGUGAUAAAUCAUGAUGAUAUUGGCCAUGAUCAUGUUUCUCACCUAUAUGCUUUAGAAGUACAGGAAGGAAGGCAUUUUCACUCUCAUAGCCAUCCUCAUAGCCACUCAGAUUCAGAAAACCAAACCAUGGUUGGUAUGGCUGAAAAGAAAAAUCAUAAAUAUAACUCUGAGAGAGAUGCAGUAGUGUCGUCUAUAAAAGGUGAUGGUAAACGUAUUCAUGACCAGAGUCACCAUCACCAUCAUCACCACCCUCAUCCGCAUCAUCAUCUCGACCAUAACAGUACACAUCAUUCUCGCAAUGAUUCAGUUAUUCAUAAUGAACAUGGAGAGCAGAAUCACGGGCCUUCCACAGAAACAAACACAACACAGGAUCAGCGUGAAAGAAAACAGCGGAAACAGAAGAAGAAACGAAAGAAAAUCAGUGAGACUUCAGGAGAUACUACACAAGACUGUCCUCCAAACCAUCACCUAGGUGAUCAGUGCGAGCACAAUCGUGUUCAUAAACAUGAUCAUGUACACGAUGCAUCUCACUUUCAUGUGCACCAUCGUGAGCACAGUGGCGAUCGUUCUGCUAAUCAUGGACAUCAGGAUUCCAGCCUAGGUAGUGAGGAUGGGCAUCACCAUACCAGCAAGCGAGAGGCACCUUGUAAGCACACAGGUGUCAGAAAACACACUAUUUCAGCUCAUAGUCGUAAGGAUCGUAAUGAAGAUGAACGUGAUUGUGAAGAGUGCUUAAAUGUUACUCAGCUGCUACGACGCUACGGUCUGGAAAACAGCUCUCCAAUAUCUCCUGAAUUUUUUAUAUAUAUGUGUCCUGCACUACUAUACCAGAUUGACAGAAGGCUUUGUAUUGUACAUUACGAUGAGCUUGAAGAUUUUAUGAAAAGUAAAACUGCAUCAAUUGAGAAUGAAGAUAAAACAGGUGCUUCAGCCUGGGUUUGUGGUAUCAUCUCUAUCACCGUCAUUAGCCUGCUUUCCUUGCUAGGUGUGAUCUUGAUUCCCAUCAUUAACCAAUGGUGCUUCAAAUUUCUUCUAACUUUCUUGGUAGCUCUGGCUGUAGGAACAAUGAGUGGAGAUGCUCUACUCCAUCUGUUGCCACAUUCACAUGGAGGCCACAACCACAGUCACCACCAUGGCCAAGGUCACAUUCAUGAACACAAGCAUUCUCAUCGACAUGCCCAUGGACAUGGAAUAGAGAACGAAGGCUUUCUAGAAGAAAAUGAUCCAGUAUUGAAAGGUCUUGUAGCACUCGGAGGCAUUUAUGUUUUGUUCAUCAUUGAACACUGUAUAAGAAUGUACAAGCAUUACAAUAAACAAAAGAGUAAGCAGAAAUGGUGCAAGAAUAAACAGAGUGAAGAAUCACCAAUUGGAAGGAAACUUUCAGAUCAGAAAUUAAAUAAUAGACCAGAUGCUGACUGGCUUCAGCUCAAACCCCUUGCAGUAGGAGCAGAUGACUCAGUUCUAUCUGAAGAUCGACUUAAUGAAACUGAACUGACCGACUUAGAUGGCCAGCUGGAAUCCCCUCCCAAAAACUUCUUGUCUGUAGAAGAAGAGGGCAACAUGCACCAUUCUCACAAUGAUGUCUUACAUGCUGCUCAAGAACACGAUCUUCAUGAUUUAGAGUAUGACAGCCAUGGUGAAGAUAAGAUGAUAGCUAGAAAACACAGUCACCUCUGGCAUCACAAACACUCCCAUCAUUCCCAUGGCCACUGUCAUUCUGGAAAAGACCUGAAAGAUACAGGGAUAGCUAAUAUUGCUUGGAUGGUAAUUAUGGGAGAUGGCAUUCACAACUUCAGUGACGGCUUAGCGAUAGGAGCAGCUUUUAGUGCUGGACUGACAGGAGGGAUUAGUACAUCUAUAGCAGUAUUUUGUCACGAGCUGCCCCAUGAAUUAGGUGAUUUUGCUGUGCUUCUUAAAGCUGGUAUGACAGUAAAGCAAGCUAUUGUGUACAACCUCCUGUCUGCCAUGAUGGCUUACAUAGGCAUGCUGAUUGGCACAGCGGUGGGACAGUAUGCGAAUAACAUCACCUUGUGGAUCUUUGCAGUCACUGCAGGCAUGUUCCUCUAUGUGGCAUUGGUUGACAUGCUACCAGAAAUGCUUCAUGGAGACGGAGAUAAUGAAGAGCACGGUUAUUGUCCCGUGGGGCAGUUCAUUCUGCAGAAUCUAGGCCUGCUUCUUGGAUUUGCCAUCAUGCUGGUGAUCGCCCUCUAUGAAGAUAAAAUUGUGCUUAACAUCCAAUUUUGACCUUAUUCUGGUAGUCACUGUGGAUAUAAUAUUAUUACUGUAUGGCUUUGAGUCUGAACUGUUUCACUGUACGCACAUUGCUUAGAGGAAAAGCAGUGGCUUGCACUACUUACACAAGUACAGCAUAUUCAUUUCUGUGUAUAUUAUCUGCUGCUUUUUUCUGAUUCAAAUCAGAUGAGAUUGCCCAAAUGCAUCUUCUAAACUUCAGUAACUGGCAAUUUGGAAACAGUAAAUACCAGAAAUAAAUGCCAAGUUCAGUGUGCUGCUUGCUUAUAUAAAAAAUGACAGUGAAGGAUGUACAUGCUUGGGAAAAUGCCAUUUCAUACUACAUUUGACAGAACCCAGAAAAUUCUACAGCUGAAAUUGAUACCUAUGCAAGGAACCUCAGUACGCUUUCAGUACCGCGCAAGUCCAUACAUAUGUGUAUGUAUGCCUAGUGCUGGUUCCUCUGCAAAGUGGUGAGUUUAAAUGUUGAAUCUUAACAACAGUAGAUGACUGGAAACCACUGUGCUGUCUUAAAUUUUAAGAAAAAAAGAAGCCCAAAACCUUAAGGCAGUUCAAAUUCUUUGAAUACACACUAAGCUGCACUUCCUCAUUUUAACUUCGUGUGUAAGAAGGCAGGCUGUUGCAAUAUACGCUGCAAAGUGCUAUGAUGUCCUGUUGAGGAUCACUUUGACAAUGUUUUCCUGACUAAAAUUUAUUUGAUGUUUGUUCUUUGAUAUUAGUAGGAAAAUGCAAAUUGCAGUAGAAUUAGUGCUAGCUUGGGGAAAUCCCCGAUGUUGGAGUUAUUGAGCUAUUCCUGGUUCUUUUCUACAGAUGCUAAACAUGUAUCGUGUGCCACUUGCAGCAUAAACUACUGAAGAAUUGUGGCUGUGAAUGUGUGCAAACUCUUAAUUUAAUAGAGAAUCAGUAUGGGAUUUUUUUUUUCUUUUUUUUAACAGUUAUUUUGGGAUGUUUUCUCCUAUGUUAAAACAUCAAAAGUACAACAAACAUGCUAGUUACUGAACAUGGGCACAAAGGUUAAAUUAUGCUAUGUGCAUGUAGGGUUAUUUACUGUACUCUGUUUCUAUAGUGCCUCAGUAUCAGACGUUGUGGCACCAGCCAUUUCUGCGGUUGAGAGUAAGAAGAUUUCUACUUCCAGCAUAAAUUAGUUCCUUUCUGCGAUUUUUUUUUAACAAUUUUGUUAUUUGAUUAUUAAAAAGCGAAUGUGAUAGACCUGUUGUAUGCAUAAUUUGGAAGGAUAGACUGAAAAUUUUUGGCCUUAAUAUGCUGGGAGCAUGUCCCGGAUCAGAUUUUGCUGAGAUGAUUAUGCUGCCUGACAUGAGUUAGUUUUUCUUGUACCCAUCAUCUCCUUAAGAAAAAAUAUGGUGAGUUCUUGAGAAGUGCGAGUUGAUUCUGUAGUUCCACUCAUAAGCACGAAAGUAGCCUUUUCCAAAACAUCCAGUUUGCCGUCUCCUUUGUAUGCCAGGUAAGCCGUUUCUUGAUUACGUGCCGUAAGUUUUGUUUCAGUCCGCUUGCUGCCACUGUAGCUGCUGAAACCGUACUGAUCCUAACAGCUAAAAAGAGCACCAGCUGGUAUCUUCAUUCCAUUUCAAGUUUGUGUUUUUCCUGCGGCCUGUUACUUUCUGAAGCUUCGUUGGUCAGUUUAGUUUUUAACAAGAGCAGGUUGUGUAUUUUAAAGGUAUUGGUUGGUUCUUGCCAGUAUUUCUUCCUAAUGCAGUAUCGAGGAACAGUAUUAAGGGUCCAUUUCAAAGAAGAGUUUCUUCAGUGAAGAAGCCAAAGCCCAGAGUUCUGACAUGCAGCCAUUUGAUGCUGAGAACUCAGAAGGCUUGGUUGGUUGUCUUUGGACCCUAAUUAGCAAACGUACUGUUGUUAGCUUCAGUUUGCUGAAUUUGUGCAGUGCAAAGGUCCUAGGUGAUGCUUGUUUUCCCCGGCACUCACCAUACAUCCCUGAGUACCAUUUUCAAAGAGGCUUAACUCACAGGAUGAUUUCUGAGUAUCUUAGCUUCAGCAACUUGUGUUGCCUACGUAUUGAACUGACCCUUAAUUUUAAUUUUCUGUUAACUCUGACAAGUAUAAAGGGGCCAUGUGGUCUAACUGAUGUUUUUGUCAAAAAAGAAGUUUUUUUUAAGUUUUUUCUUUUAAUAUUUUUCAAAUGAAAAUUUCUUUAUUUCAGGUAGUAUAUUUACUUUUGUAUUAGUUGGAGUAUGGUUUUAGCUUAAUACACUGCCUGUAUAGGAAAAUAGUUAUCUUCCUUUCAAGACCAUCUUCAGACAAGGGAAAAUACGCUCUUUCGAGGCAGGUACUGCAUUUUUUUCAUUAAAUAUAUAUGUUGUUUUUCUGUCAUUUUGUAAUAUUUAUUACAACUUACGAAGGGCAGUGUAAUAGCUGCAACUUCUUCUAUAGGUUUUCCACCAGUACUGAAAUCCAAGGUGUUAUAAUGUACACUUUGAAGUCAUGUCGCAGACAAUCUGAAUUCCACUACAUUUCUACUUGGUUUGUACAUUCCAUUCUGCCGAAUCCAGAGUCUCAUCUAACUUGUAUUUGUUGGAGGGCACGUUAUUUGUAUAUUACAAUGCUGUCACUGUGUGACAUCCCAUAUGAAUUUUGAUGUAGAUCACAUUGCACUCAAUCUGCUGUGAUUACGCUUACAAAUACUGCUGUUGCUAGAUGCAGUGUGAUUUUUUUAAUAAAAAAAAAAUCCCCUCCUGUUAACAAUUGAGUCUAUGGUUUCAAAUGUGAUUAUGGUCCUAUAAGAUACAGCUGAGCUAUCGGUCUUUUUGUUAUACCUGAAUCUUUUUUUUUUUUUUUUAAUUUUAUAAAGCUGGAAAAGAUCAAAUGCUGUUCUGUUCAUUGUCAACAGUGUUGUGUUCAUUUUUAUGUAUGUUCCUUAUAAAUAAGGAGCCUUCAAAAAAAUAAAAUGAUUAAAGGAGCAGA